AUGAAUAAAUGCUAAUGUGGAACCUUAGAAGUUUAUUCGGCAUCAUCUCAAAAUAAAAAAAUUAUUAAUCACGGGAAUAGAAUCCUUCUUCCUCCAUCAAUAUUAUUAGAGAUCUGCAAUGUUUAUUGUGGAACCAUGACCUUUAAAUUAUAGUCUGUUCUUGAAGAAAAGAAGUCUAUUUAUGUUGGAGUUUUGGAAUUCACAGCAGAUGAAGGUACUUGUGUAGUGCCAGACUGGAUCUUUGAUGCCAUGGGCUUUUCUAAUGGAUUAAGCAUUCCGAUCAAUUGCAAUAGAAUCAAUAAGUUUGGAAGCCUCAUCAAGGUUUAACCUCAUAAAAGUGCGUUUAUAAAAUUGUCUGAUCCUAAAGAUAUCUUAAAAACCUAUCUUAAGAAUUUCACCUGUCUCACUUAAGAUGAAACAAUCACUAUAAACUACCAAGAUGUCAAUUAUUUAAUAGAUAUCGUAAAGGUUGAACCCAUUAAUAAACAUAAUGCUAUUUGUAUUGAUGAAUUUUAUUUUGAUAUCGAUUUAAUGGACCCAUUAGAUUUGACUGUCCAUCCUAAAUUGUUAUUUGAAAGCUCUGAGGCUCAACAAGAGAAAAUAAUAACAUGUGAACAAUAACCAGUCUUUCAAGGUAUUGGAAUUCUUAUCGGUGGAGAACCCUUGAAUACUGAUCAGAGUUCUCACCAAAAGAUUGAUAUGCCUGUAAAGUAAUAUGAUCCUCGUAAACAAAAAUUGUUUAAUGGAUUAAGGUAAGUUUAGCCAAAUGUAUUUUAUGGGCCAUCUGUGAAAUUGUUCAACAUAAAAACUAGGUACAAUUUAGUUGAUCAUUAUCGUCAUAAAUAAAUGAUCUUAUGA